AUGGCUGCUGCUAGCAAAGUGAUGGCAACAGCAACAGACGAUUUUCCAAGGUUCAAAGCCUCACCGGCAUGGCCCAGCUGCGCGCUGCUGGCUGGAGGCUUGACCUAUGUGGUCCACCGAAGGCGGAGAUACAAGGUCUGUUGCCGAGCGCGUCCAUAUCCAGAUGGUCGAUACGAUGCUGAUAGCGCAGCUGCAUACUUUGCAGCACGUCCAUGGCUUGUCACCCUCCGAGCAGCUGAGCUCAUCGGGACCAGUUUAGGGUUUGCGGUGAAGCUGUUGCUUGACUCACAGACUGGGCAGUGGGAGGCCAUGAGUGCUGAGCGCGCCCGUGAGCUCACAGAUAUCCUGACACGUCUUGGGCCGACCUUCAUCAAGAUUGGACAGGCGCUGUCCAUCCGGGCUGACCUGCUUUCUCCAGCUUAUUUAGAGGCUUUGACAGAGCUUCAGGACAGGGUUCCGCCUUUUCCCACUGCUCAAGCAGAUGAGAUCAUCGAGUCUGAGCUAGGUCGGCCAGUUGGUGAAAUCUUUGAAGAGAUUUCGCCAGCCCCGAUUGCUUCAGCAUCCUUGGGUCAGGUUUACAAGGCAAAACUUCGAGACGGCCCAGAGGUUGCCGUAAAAGUGCAGCGACCUGGCAUGGAGGAGGUUGUCGCCCUUGACCUCUACUUGUUGAAGCUUGGGGCUGGGCCGCUUAGGACGGUGCUCAACGUGACAAGAGCUGGACUGAACACCGACAUUGCUGGAACGGUGGAUGAGUGGGGCAAAGGCUUCGUUGGAGAGCUUGACUACCGAGAGGAGGCACGCAAUGCGUUGCAGUUCCAGCAAGACAUCGAAAAGACGCCUUUGGCUGGCACGGUCUUCGCUCCGCCACCAGUAGAAGCAUGUUCCAGCGCGAAGGUUCUUACGACAGAGUGGGUUGUUGGCGAGCGCUUGGAACAAAGCCAAGCCGAGGAUGUGACAAAGCUUUGCUCCAUAGCCAUGAACACCUAUCUCACCAUGAUGCUUGAGACCGGGCUUCUUCAUGCGGACCCACAUCCAGGCAACUUGCUGAGAACAGUGGAUGGGAGGCUGUGCAUCCUUGACUGGGGCCUCGUGACCACCCUCGAUGCAAGCUUCCGGGUGGCAUACAUCGAGCACAUUGCACACUUAGUGUCUGGCGACUACGAACCAGUUCCAUCAGACCUUGUUCGCAUUGGCUUCGUGCCGGAGGGUAUGGAGGACGAUGUUAUCAAAAGCGAGGUGGUGGCUACGCUAGCCCAAGUUUAUGGCCAGUGGACAUCCGGAGGUGGCGCGGCCCAAAUGGACGUGAACGGCCUCUUCAACGAAAUUCAAGGCUUGAGCCGUCGAUACGGAAACCUCUUCCGUGUGCCACCGUACUUUUUCUACAUUGCUCGAGCGUUUGCCGUCCUGGAAGGGAUUGGGCUGAGCAAUGAUUUGGAGUAUUCCAUUGUCAACGAAUGCCUGCCGUACGUUGCGCAGAGAUUAAUCACCGACUCAGACGUGCGGAUAAACAAUGCAUUGACCUCCUUCAUCUACGGCAGCGAAAAGGGCAUCGACCGCAUGCCCAGUGCAGAACGUCUGCGAUAUUUGGCAACGGGUUUUUCUUCAUAUGUGGCAGCGACUCGAGCGGACAAUGGCCCCGCGGCCCAGGAGGCUGCUGACCUGGCAGACCAGCUGGCCAGUCUGGUGUUGGGACGCGUUCCAAACGAAAGCCAUGGGUCCGGCGAGGACUCGCACAACAGCGAAAGGAAGGUUGCUCCAGCUCUUCAGAAUCUGCUUCUGGAUGAACUGGCCAAGGUUGUCGGUGCCAAUGCCAGACAGCUGGCAGCAUCUUGGAAUCUUCCGGGGGCUGGAAGCCUUGGUCUCAUGACACCGGACAGCACUGACAAAAAAGUACUGGCAAAUGCGCAGGAAAUUGCAGACCUGGCAGAACCACAGGUUCGCGAGAUCAUCGAGCGCUUCCGUGCCAUGCCAUUUCGAGAUCAGCGAAGCAUUGCAACAAAGGUGCUGUCGAGGCUCUGGGGCUAUCGAGACGAGGCUGUAGGUGCAGGAGGGCGUCUCGUGGCUCGUCUCGUUGUUCAAGGAAUUUCACGUGUCAAGUCAGACAUUGAUCAGGCACUCUCGGGUUCAUAG